AUGGCAACUUCACUUCUGGGGGAAGAACCGAGGCUAGGAUCAACUCCUCUGGCAAUGUUGGCUGCUACAUGUAAUAAAAUCGGCAGCCCGAGCCCGUCUCCCUCCCUGUCCGACAACGCGUCUUUUGGAAAGGGAUUCCAUCCCUGGAAAAGAUCAGCUUCCAGUUGUAACAACAGCUCCAGCCUUUCCGGCUUUGGGGUGUCAGGCUCCAGGAACGGGGCAGGACUGUCAGAAUCAUUCAGUGUCAACUGUUCGUCGGGGAGCAGCGCCUUUUCGCUCACCUCCAACACCUCGUCCACAUCGCCCUUUGGGAACGAGUACUCGGUCUUUCAGUCUCCCGUCUCCAGCAGCUCUCAGGACGCUGCCCAACCCGUCUUCAUCUCCAAAGUUCACACCACAGUGGACAGUCUGCAGAACAGUUUACAAGGCAUCUACCCCAGGGUUGGGAUGGCACAUCCGUACGAGUCCUGGUUCAAACCGUCCCAUCCCGGGAUAGCUGGGGAUGUGGGGAGCGGAGCAUCGACUUGGUGGGAUGUGCACCCGGGAACAGCGGGUUGGAUUGACGUUCAGAACCCCAACGGGGCCUUGCCGUCCUCCUUACACUCCAGCGGGCUUUCAGUCUUCGCUCCUUCCCCUCUGGGCGGCUACAACUCGGACUAUUCCGGUCCUCAGCAUUCGGCCUUCAGUACAGCCGGCAUCAACGGAGCAUCUUCUCACCUCCUGACCAGCAGCCAGCACCUGAUCACCCAGGAUGGCUUCAAGCCUGUUUUACCGCCCUCUUACCAGGACUCGGCCCCUUCGCCGCUGGCCGCCAACUCCAUGCUGGGCAGCCCGGCCACCCUGGGAGGAUCUCCGCGCUCCUCGGCCAGGCGCUACUCGGGACGGGCCACCUGCGAUUGCCCCAACUGCCAGGAGGCCGAGCGACUGGGACCGGCCGGGGCCAGCCUGCGGAGGAAGGGGCUGCACAGCUGCCACAUCCCGGGCUGCGGCAAGGUCUACGGCAAGACCUCGCACCUGAAAGCCCACCUGCGCUGGCACACGGGCGAGAGACCCUUCGUUUGCAACUGGCUCUUCUGUGGCAAGCGCUUCACCCGCUCGGACGAGCUGCAGCGCCACCUCCGCACCCACACCGGCGAGAAGAGGUUCGCCUGCCCCGUCUGCAACAAGCGCUUCAUGAGGAGCGACCACCUGAGCAAACACGUCAAGACACACCAGGCCACCGGGGUAGGGGGCGGCGCGGCGGCCGGGGCGGCUGGCGGGGGCAGCGGCAGCAAGAAAGACAGCGACACCGACAGUGAGCACAGCGCCCCCGGCACCCCGCGCUGUCCCUCCCCGGAGCUGUUGCAGGCGGCAGCCCAGGGCGGGGCGGCAGCCGCGCUCAAUGGUCACAACAAUGGUCUUGAGUGA